GCUGGAAGAUCUUCCUUUACACAGGAAUGUGUCUGAAACACGGACAGAAAUCGACUAUCAAGAAGUAAAUCGAAAGCUGAUAAAAAAAUAAAGGGUGCUAGGGUUCGCCAGUUAGCCAAACUGAGCUUUUUAAAUGUUAAAUUAAAGAACCUCGAGAGCAGACUUUAAAGCCAUGGCCUCUCAGAACCUGGAUCCUGCUGCAGCUUCUUCUACAGCCGCCUUAAAAGGAAACGAAACAGCCGGAAGUGUGUCGAAGGGCUCCGUUAGUAAGAGGCUUCAGCAAGAGCUCAUGACGCUCAUGAUGUCAGGAGACAAGGGAAUUUCAGCAUUCCCAGAGUCUGACAAUCUCUUCAAAUGGAUUGGCACGAUAGAUGGCGCACAGGGAACAGUGUAUGAAGGUUUGAGGUAUAAGCUGUCAUUGGAGUUUCCUAGUGGAUACCCCUACAACGCUCCUCGGGUGAAAUUCAUCACUCCUUGCUUUCAUCCAAAUGUCGAUGAGAAUGGGUUUAUUUGCUUAGACAUUUUGAAAGAGAAAUGGUCUGCUCUCUAUGACGUUCGAUCCAUUCUGCUGUCCAUUCAGAGUUUACUUGGAGAACCCAACAAUGAUAGCCCUAUGAACUCUGCAGCUGCAGAAUUAUGGGAUAACCAGGAAGCCUUCAAAGCCCAUUUGCACUCAACCUACAAGAAUUGACCGACAAAAUUGGGCACUCCUGCCUCUUCUCUUUUAUCUCACUGUGUGACCUCAUUUCUUUAUUUUUGCCCAUGACUAUGUAAAUUUAAAUGCUGAGUCUGUUUCUGUACAAUAUUUGUAUGUUGAAUAAGCCUGUCUCAAUAAAAUGCCAUUCAGUA